AUGCACGGUGUAUUAAAAGUUAGAACAUCAGAGGAGAAAGCAAAAGCACAAAGAUUAAAAGAAUUAGAAAAAAUCGAAAGCUAUAAUAAAUUAGUUAAAUCAUUUGAAGAAUUAAGAGAAAAACAAAAUGGAAGAUAUGAUGAAAUUUCAUUAUCAGUUUCAAAAUUAGUAUUAAUAGAGAAUCCAGAAUUCUAUACAAUUUGGAAUUAUAGAAGAUUGGCAAUCUUACAAUUUACAGAAACUAAAGAGAAUUCAGAAUUACAAGUAAUAUAUCAAAAUGAAAUGAAAUUCUUGGAAGAAUGUAUUCAACGUUUUACAAAAAGUUAUUGGAUUUGGUUUCAUCGUCAAUGGAUUGCAUUAAGAAUGGAUAAUUGUGAUUGGGAAAGAGAAAUGAAAUUAUGUACAAAAUUAUUAAAUUUUGAUUUAAGAAAUUUCCAUUGUUGGGGUCAUAGAAGAUUUAUAUUAAAACAUUCAAAUAUUAAAUUAGAAGAUGAAUUAAAAUAUACAACUGAAAAAGUUGAACAAAACUUUUCAAAUUAUUCAGCAUGGCAUCAAAGAUCAAGUAUAUUACCAAAGAUUUAUAAAGAACCUGAACAAUUAUUAGAAAAGAUUUUAGAGGAAUUUGAAUUAGUUAGAAAUGCUGUAUACACUGAACCAAAGGAUUCAAGUUCAUGGAUUUAUCAUAAAUGGUUAGUUGCAACUAUUAAAUCAAUUCCAAAUAGUAAUUAUAUUGAAGUAUUAAAGAAUGAAUUAACUCAAAUUUAUGAUCUCAUUGAAUUAGAACCUGAUUGUAAAUGGCCAAUUUAUACAACACUUUUAUUAAAAAUUGAAAUUGGAGGUUUUGAAAAACAAGAAUUAUUAGAUAUUAUCUCACAAUUAAUUAAAUUAGAUCCAGACCAUAAAAAUUAUUAUAAGAGUCUAGAAACUAAGAUUUAA